UAAUUAUAUCCAACAAAAACAAUUAUUAUAAUUAUAGUAAUUACUUUAAAUUAAUGGGAAAACAAAUGAAAUCAAUAGCACAGAAUCCGAAGGGGAACCAAAAUCAAAAUGGAAGAACGAGAAGUAGAAUCUCAAUCGAAGUUGGGUUGGUCAAACUUUAACGCCAAAUCUAAGGAACAUAAUCUAACAUAUCAACAUUCUUCAUUAAUUUACUCUCAUAUAUUAUAUGCAUAUAUGUACACAAACUCUAUUCUUUCGAGACUUUCAUGUUUCAUUUGUAUAAAUAAAGAACCGGAAGAAAAAAAAAGUUGUGUAGGGUGAAGAAAUUAAUUAUAGUAUUUUACUACUUACAAUAAUUAUUAAUCUUUCUAUGAAAGUAUAUAAAUUGUAAUAUGUUUUUUUAAAACUAGCUAUACGACUACAAAUUAGAAUACAUUUUCAUAAAAUAAAACUUCUUGCAAUAUUUUGAGAAUGUUGAGAUAAUUUGUUGUGUUUAAAACAAUUUAAAUUCUGACUGCUCGUAUCAUAUAAUAAAGGUAAAUAAAUUUUUGAUCUUAAUUUCAACACAAUAGAUGAUCGAAUUCGGGAUCUUAAUAUGAGUUUAGUAUAAGAGUUUCACAUGAUAAAUUUUAGUUGGGAGAGGACGAGAUUAAAGAGAAUCUCUAACCCAAAUAUUAGAGAGUUUAAAAUUAAUAAAUAUAUACUUAAAAAUAAGACCCAAUUAAUCAUAAGUUAUCAACUAAAAUUAUAAUAAAAAGACAGGUAAUCAAACUCUAUAGCAGACAUUCCAUAAUAAUAAAUACAAUAUGAAAAACGAACUAAAAUUCACAUGUUGAAAUUAAAGUAAUGUUAUAAUAUUAAUCAAUUUAUAACUAUAUAUAGAAAAUUUUACUAUUCUAUAUAAAAAAUUCAAUUAUUCCUAAUAAAUUUUGAGAUAGACUCAUGUUAUUUUAGUGAGUUUUUUGCGGGUAAUCUUCUAAUUAUUAUUUUACUUGUAAAUCCUCUAAGCUCAAAUUUUAGCAGUAAAACUUUGUUGUUAACUUUAAAAAAUAAAUAUCACAACAGUUCAGUAAUUUGAAAAGUUUUAUUACUAAAAUUUGAUCUUAGAAAAUUAAAUACAAGUAGAAUAAUAGUUGAAAAGGUUUAGAAAGAAAAAAAAACUCAAUUUUAGUUGUGAUAUAUAUUUUGUGUAUUUUUCUCAAUAUGUCAUUAUUCCCAUUUAACAAUGAGAACAGCAGAUUCCCAAUCAUCCCCUCCACCCUAAAGGAAACACUCAUAAUUGCACCCAACAAAUACUAUACGACCAUAUAGAAACCUGAGUUCUAGCUAUAGCUAGUACUCCUAACUAAUUAUAUAUAUAAAUAUAUAUAUAUUAUACCCCAAUAAUCAUAUAUAAAUCUAAUAAUAAUCCCAUAUAAAUUCUAAAUAUACACCCACUUCUUCACUGUCUUCCCCUCUCUUUAAAUAAUUACUCAUCCUCUCUCUCUAUAUAUACAACAACUCUAAGCACAUAAUUAUAAUAUUAUAUAUAUAUCACCCUUUUUCUUCCUUCCUCUCUUUUUUUUCCUGAUGAUAUGGAUCAUCAUCCUGCUAAUAAUUCAUUGAGCAGUACCACCACCAAUUCUGUAAGUGGGUUUUACAAUCUGUUGACUCAAGAACUCAACAAUCUCAAUAACCAAUCCCACAACACCAGCAAUAACAACAACUUAAUGUCCCUCAAUUUCCUCCAACAAAUCCUCUCUUCUCUCCAAUUAGCCAAUUCCCAACUCACAAUUCUUGUUCAGAAGCUCCACUUGCCCACCGGCGACAAAUGGCUCGACGAGUACAUGGACGAAAGCUCUCGCCUUUGGGAAGCCUGCCACCUCCUCAAGUCCGGCCUCUCCUCCAUUGAAACCUACGUCUCCACAGCCAACAACAUACUCUCUGCUCUCGAUAACACUCCACAACAUUUCAAUCCCGCCAUGUCUCGCCAGGUUAUCCGGGCAAUAAGUAUUUGCCAAAGGGAAACGGUUGGAUUGGAAGAGGACAAUAGAGUAUUGAUGGAAACUAGAAUUCAACCAUUGUUGUCACUCUGUGAUCUAAACGAGAAUGUUCCGAUGGAUUCAAAGUUCAAUGGGUUCGGUGGUUUUAGAGGUGUUCUUCACGCAAUGAGGAGAGUCAGCUCUUUGCUCUUGCUAAUUUUGCUUAACGGACUUGUGUUUUGUUGGCCUGAAUUGUUCAAUUUCGAUCAUCAUCAUCACGGUGACGAAGGUUCGGAAGGAUUUAUGGUGUCCAUGUCAAGAUUAAGGCAAAGAGUUGGGACCAUUAUUAUGGAACAGUAUAAUAAUCACACUAUCAUUCUCCACGAGUUUCUUGAAUCGAAAUCCGCCAUGGAAGAGCUCAAGGGGGAGCUUGAAAGAAUAGUGGAGUUUGAUGAAGUAGUUGAUGAUGAUGAUGAUGAUGAUGAAGAUCACCAUUAUAUGAUAAUAGAAGAGAGAAUUGAUAGAUUAAGAAGAGGAUUUGGGUUGCUAAGAAAUGGUGUUGAGAGUAUAAUUGGACAACUUGAUGAUUUCUUUGAUGAAAUAGUUGAAGGAAGAAAGAAACUUUUGGACAUGUGCUCUUCUCAUCACCACCACCACCAUCAUCAUAAGUAGAAAUAUAGCUAAGCUAUAAUAAUAUUAACAAUAAUAUAUGCCCUAGCUAGCUACCUAGUUAGAGAUCCAGAGAAAAUGAAAGACAACAAAGAAUUAAUUAUUUUAGGAAGCAAAAAAAAAAGAAAUUAAUGUUCAGUUUCUUUUUCUUUUUCAGUUUUGUUUUUUAGUAUUAUUAUUUUUUUUCAGUAUUUUUAAUUAUUAUGCUGUUUUUCUUUUUCUAUACCUUUUUCUUUUGA